AUGACUGUUAUUCAAACAGUCCAAAGUUGGUUGAAUUCAUCACCGAUUCCAAUGUAUAUAGAAACAACAAUUCCAACUGAUGUUUAUGAAAUAUGUAAACAAAAAUUAAAAGAAGCUGUAAAGCGUUAUUUUGAAGUACCACAACAAUAUUUAACUAAAGUUAUUGUUGAACCAUAUUCAUUUAUAUAUGAUGGUAGAGAAGCUAAGAAGGUGGAAGAAUUUCUAGGAAGUAACAAACCAUUUAGGCAGUACUGUGAAUACAUAAAUAAAUUGCAUGAUUUAGCAAGUGAAGUGAUGAAUUUACCAAAUACCGAAUAUUUUGAUUUAAUACAACUUGAUUGUGGAGAUGUUAAAACUGGCCUAUACAAAGAAUGUCAUCGAUUGGCGAAAUUAUUGUUAGAUCGAGUAGUUUCAGAUUUCACACGAAAUAAUGACGAAAUCUGUGCAACAUUCGAAGAAAUCCGGGACCGCUGUCAUACAAUACCACAAAAUAGUGAAGAAUUAAUUGAUAUGAUUCAGUAUAUGGAAGAAGCUCGAUGUCAGGGUAUGAUUCGUAUGACAGAGAAGAUUUCAUUGACUAUGGAAUAUUUAAGUUAUUUACUCGAUGUAUAUUUCUUUAGUCCUGAGGAACUAGCCAAGAACAGCGCUGUAUUAACAUGGAAAACACGAAUUAUUCCUGAAUUUGAUGCAAAUGACAAAUUACAAGAACGAAUGCGUUCAGUUGGUGAAGCAGCUGUUGUAGCAAAACGUGAAAAAUUAAUGGCUGAAUUAAAUCGAUUGAAAAAUCGUGUUGAUGAAUUUAAUGAUUAUGGUGAAGUAGAUGCUGAAAUGCAAAAUCAAUAUGUUCAAGAUGUUCGAGGAGUUUUAAAACGUCUUCAAGAUGCAGAAAAUGAAAAAAUGUGGAUUAAUAAAGAAGAGGAUUUAUACAAACUUCCAAUUAGUAAUUAUCCUGAAGUGGAAGAGAUCCGAAAUUCAGCAGAACCAUUUCUCAAAUUAUUUACUACUGUAGUUAAGUAUACUAAAUCAGAAAGACGUUGGCUUUAUGGUGAAUUUGAUAAGUUAAACGCUGAAGCAAUCGAUGCUGAAGUAGAAGAAUAUUGGCGUGAAUUAUACAAACUCCAAAAAUUUUUCACAGCGAAAUAUAAAAAAAUGACUAUGGAAGCAGAUGAAAGAAAUAAAGCACGAAAAAAGCGACGUCGUUUGGCAAGUAUAGACACAGGUACAACAGCUCCAGAUGUUGUGACAAAAGAAGAUGUUACUACGAUAGUUGAACAGGAAGACGAUGAAAUGGAAGAGGUUAAACCACCUGCAGCUUUAAAUAUAAUUAAAGAUGUUCAAAAUGAAAUGAAAAAAUUUAAGGAAAAUAUACCAAUUAUUGCGAUAUUAUGCAAUCCAGGUAUAAGAAAACGACAUUGGGAUGCAAUGUCACAGAUAGCUGGUAAAGAUUUAACACCAGAUAGUGGUACAUCAUUAGCUAAAAUGCUUCAAUUAAAUUUAGACUCAUUUAUGGAACAAUUUGCUAGUAUAUCAAGUGGAGCUAGUAAAGAAUUUACUUUAGAGACUAAUAUGAAUAAAAUGCAUGAUGAUUGGACUGAAAUAUCAUUUAAUUUAAUUCCAUAUCGUGAAUCUGGUAUAUUUAUACUUGCCUCUGUUGAUGAUAUACAACAAAUGUUAGAUGAUCAGAUUAGUAAAACACAAACAAUGCGAGGAUCACCAUUUAUUAAACCAUUUGAAAAAGAAAUUAAAGAAUGGGAAGAACGUCUUCUGCAUAUACAAGAAACAUUGGAUGAAUGGUUAAAAAUGCAAGCUCAGUGGUUAUAUCUAGAUCCGAUAUUUAGUUCAGAAGAUAUUAUGCAACAAAUGCCUGAAGAAGGACGUCUUUUUCAAGUUGUUAAUCGUAAUUUCAAAGAUAUCAUGAAAAAUACAGCUAAAGAUCCAAAUGUUUUGAAGGCAACUGAUUUUCUUGGAAUUUUAGAAAAAAUUAAAGAUAGUAAUGGAUUAUUAGAUAAAAUUAAUAAAGGUUUAAAUGCUUAUUUAGAAAAGAAACGUUUAUAUUUUGCAAGAUUUUUCUUUUUAUCUAAUGAUGAAAUGUUAGAAAUAUUAUCAGAAACAAAAGAUCCAUUACGUGUACAACCACAUUUGAAAAAAUGUUUUGAAGGUAUAGCCAAAUUAGAAUUUGAUAAACAAUUGGAUAUUAAAGCAAUGUAUUCAAGUGAAGGUGAAAAAGUUCAAUUUAGUCAGCCAAUAAGUACGUCAGAAGCACGUGGUUCAGUAGAAAAAUGGCUAUUACAAGUAGAAAAGAUAAUGCUCAUGUCUGUUCGUGAUGUGAUAGCAGCUGCUAGAGAAGCUUAUGAUAAAGAAGAACGUGAAUUAUGGGUUUGUCAAUGGCCUGGACAAGUUGUUCUCUGUGUAUCACAAAUCUAUUGGACAUAUGAAGUACAUGAAUCACUUAUUUAUGGUAUUAAAGGUUUAGAAAAUUAUUAUAAAAAAUUAGAUCAACAAAUGAAUGCUAUUGUUAAAUUAGUUCGUGGAAAAUUAAAUGCACAACAACGUAUAACACUUGGAGCACUUGUUGUUAUUGAUGUACAUGCACGUGAUGUUGUUCAUGAUAUGAUUAAAUUAGGUGUUACAUCAGAAAAUGAUUUCAAUUGGUUAUCACAAUUAAGAUAUUAUUGGGAAAAUGAAAAUGUUCAGGUCAAACUUACAAAUGCUAAAGUAUCAUAUGCUUAUGAAUAUUUGGGUAAUUCUCCCCGUCUUGUGAUUACUCCACUUACGGAUCGAUGUUACCGAACAUUAAUUGGUGCUUAUCACUUGAAUUUGAAUGGUGCUCCAGAAGGCCCUGCUGGAACAGGUAAAACGGAAACGACAAAGGAUUUGGCCAAAGCACUUGCUGUUCAAUGUGUUGUAUUCAACUGCUCGGAUGGCUUAGAUUACAUUGCUAUGGGUAAAUUCUUCAAAGGACUUGCUUCUUCUGGAGCAUGGGCUUGUUUUGAUGAAUUCAAUCGUAUUGAACUUGAAGUUUUAUCUGUCGUUGCCCAACAGAUUCUUUGUAUUAUACGAGCUAUUCAAUCUCACUUAGAAGUAUUCAUAUUUGAAGGAACUGAAUUAAAUUUAAAUCGUAAUUGUUAUGUGUGUAUAACAAUGAAUCCUGGUUAUGCAGGUCGAUCUGAAUUACCAGAUAAUUUAAAAGUUUUAUUUCGUCCAGUAGCUAUGAUGGUUCCAGAUUAUGCUAUGAUUGGUGAAAUAUCACUUUAUUCUUAUGGUUUUAUGGAUGCACGUAGUUUAUCUGUAAAAAUUGUUACCACAUAUCGUUUAUGCUCAGAACAACUAUCAUCUCAAGCUCAUUAUGAUUAUGGUAUGCGUGCUGUCAAAGCUGUUCUGCAAGCAGCCGGUAAUUUAAAAUUAAAAUAUCCUGAUGAAAAUGAAAAUAUUAUUAUUCAUUUUUAUGCUUCCGCCAUUUCAUUACUUAGUUUUAUGCUUGUUGGUGAACCAUUUGGAUCUAAAACUACCGUGCUGCAUACAUUAGCUACAGUGAUGACACGGUUAAAUGAAAAUGGUCACGAUGAAUAUGAAAAAGUGAUUUAUAAAACAAUUAACCCUAAAGCAAUUACAAUGGGACAAUUAUUCGGUGAAUUCGAUCCUGUUUCACAUGAACCAGCUACAGUAUCACGCUGUGGUAUGAUAUAUAUGGAGCCUUUAUCCUUAGGUUGGCGUCCACUAGUUCGCUCAUGGAUGAAUCGUUUACCAAUAUCAUUAACAACUGGUGACACUAAAGAUAUGAUCAAUUCAUUCUUUGAAUGGUCUCUGGACCCGUGCAUGGAAUUCAUACAAACUAAUUGUCGUACAUUAGUAGCUACACGUCAAGGCAAUUUAGUUACAUCGUGUUUAGGAUUCAUUGAUAUGCUUAUUGAAGAUGUAGCUAAUGAAGAAGAUGCAAAUGAAAAUCGUUAUUUACGUUUAUGGUUACAAACAUCUAUUGUAUUUGGUAUUAUUUGGGGUAUUGGUGGUUGUCUAGAUUAUAAUAGCCGACAAAAAUUCGAUCAUUUCUUAAGAAAUUUAUUGUCUGGUACAAAUGAAAAACAUCCUUUACCAAAAGAAUUGGGACAAAAACUUGAUUUUCCAUUUCCAGAAUCUGGUCUCGUUUAUGAUUAUUAUUAUAAAUUCAAAAGUCGCGGUUCCUGGAGACACUGGAAUGAAAAGAAUAAAAAUGAUGACCGAGUUUCUGAUAGAAAAAUACGUGAAAUUAUUGUACCUACAAUGGAUACAGCACGUUAUAAAUUUAUAGUUGAUUUAUGCAUGAAGAAACAUCGCCCACUUUUGUACGUAGGUCCAACUGGAACCGGAAAAUCAGUUUAUGUCCAAGAAAAGUUAAUGAGGGAUAUUGAUAAAGAUAAGUAUGUAGCCUAUUUUGUCAACUUUUCUGCUCAAACAAGUGCAAAUCAAACUCAGUUUAUUGUUAUGUCAAAACUUGAUAGAAGACGUAAAGGUGUUUAUGGUCCACCUAUGGGUAAAACAGCUGUCUUAUUUGUUGAUGAUUUAAAUAUGCCAACUAAAGAGAUUUAUGGAGCUCAACCGCCCAUUGAACUACUACGAAUGUUUAUUGAUCAUGGUUAUUGGUAUGAUUUAAAGGACACCACAAAAUUAAUAUUACAAGACAUUCAUUUAAUUGGAGCAAUGGGACCUCCAGGAGGUGGACGUAAUGAUGUGACACAACGUUUUAUGAGACAUUUUCAUGUAAUCAGUAUGACACCAUUUAAUGAUGAAACUAUGACAAGAAUAUUUUCAACAUUAAUGAAUAUUUACAUACGCUCACAAGAAUUUAGUUCAGAGUAUAUAACAGUUGGUCAAAUCAUUGUAUCAUCAACGUUAGAAGUUUAUAAAGCUGCAAUUGAAAAUCUAUUGCCUACACCAGCUAAAUCACAUUAUUUAUUCAAUCUGCGUGAUUUUAGUCGUGUUAUCCUAGGUAUUUGUUUGAUACAAAAAGAUCGAGUUGAAAGUAAACAUACUUUCUCACGUUUGUGGGCUCAUGAAGUAAUGAGAGUAUUUUAUGAUCGUUUAACAGAUGAUGCAGAUAGAACGUGGUUAUAUGAAUUCAUUAAACGUUGUUUACAAAAUAAUUUUAAAGAGAAGUUUGAUCAAUUGUUUUCUCAUUUGACUAUGAAAGAAGGUGAAGAAAUCCGUGAAACACAUUUGAGUAGUUAUUUAAUGUUUGGUGAUUUUAUGAAUCCUGAAUCAAUGCCAGAAGAUAGAGUCUAUGAAGAAAUUAAAGAUAUUCAAGCAAUGUAUCCUAUUGUGGAACAUUGUUUAGAAGAUUACAACAAUGCUAACAAAAAGAAAAUGUCAUUAGUCAUAUUUAGAUAUGUUCUGGAGCAUUUAUCAAGAAUUUGUCGGAUUCUUCGAGUUCCUGGUGGUCACGCAUUACUAGUUGGGGUUGGUGGUUCUGGGCGUCAAUCACUAACUAGAUUAGCAUCCGCAAUAGCAGGUUAUACAGUAUUUCAACCUGAAAUAUCUAAAAAUUAUGGUAAAAAUGAAUGGCGUGAAGAUAUAAAGACUUUACUACGACGAGCUGGCGCAGAAGGUAAAAAUACUGUCUUUCUAAUGACUGAUAGUCAAAUCAAAGAAGAAACUUUCUUAGAAGAUAUAGAUAGUUUACUCAAUUCUGGUGAAGUUCCAAAUCUUUAUAGUUCUGAAGAAAAAGCUGAAUUAAUGGAUAUCAUACAAAGUAGUCUUGCAGCAUCAGGUGGACAUAAAUCACUUGAUCUAUCACCUUUAGCAUUGUAUGCUUUAUUUGUGGAUAGAUGUCGAGAAAAAUUGCAUGUAGUUAUGGCAUUUUCACCUAUAGGAGAAGCAUUUAGAAAUCGUUUAAGACAAUUUCCUGCUUUAAUUAACUGCUGCACCAUUGAUUGGUUUCAGCCUUGGCCGGAAGAUGGUUUAGUUCGAGUUGCCAAUAAAGCACUUCAAAAUUUGGAUAUGGAAAGUGAUAUUCGUGAAUGCACUGUACAUUUAUUCAAAUAUUUUCAUACUUCAAUUACACCAUUAGCUGAGAAAUUUUUAAUGAAUUUAGGUCGAAAAACUUAUGUAACACCAACGUCAUAUUUAGAAUUAAUUGAUAGUUUUCAAAGAUUAUUAACUCAAAAACAAAAUGAUACAAUGAAAGCUAAAAUGCGCUAUGUCAAUGGCCUAGAUAAAUUAGCGUUCGCUGCAGAACAAGUAGCUGAUAUGCAAAUCAAAUUAGAAGAACUUCAACCUCAGCUUGUAUUAGCCAGUGAAGAGAAUGAAAAACUUUUAACUGUUAUAGCUACUGAAUCAGUGACAGUUGAAGAACAACGUGUUAAAGUAAAAGCUGAAGAAGAAAUUGUCAAUCAAAAAGCUGAUGCUUCUAAAGCAUUAAGUGAUGAAUGUCGUGCUGAUUUAGCUGAAGCACAACCUGCAUUAGAAGCGGCUCUUUCUGCAUUAGACACACUUAAACCAUCUGAUAUUACAAUAGUGAAAUCAAUGCAAAAUCCUCCACCUGGUGUCAAACUUGUCAUGGAAGGUGUUUGUGUUAUGCGUGAUAUUAAACCAGAUAAAGUAAAUGAUCCAUCAGGAACAGGUAAAAAGAUUAAUGAUUAUUGGGGACCAUCAAAGAAAUUACUUGGUGAUUUGAAUUUUUUAAAUCUAUUGAAGGAGUAUGACAAAGAUAAUAUCAACCCAACGAUCAUGCAACGUAUACGAAAAGAUUUCAUGACAAAUCCUGAAUUCGACCCAACCAAAGUAGCUCGUGCUAGUUCAGCUGCUGAAGGUCUAUGCAAGUGGAUAUUAGCUAUGGAACAGUAUGAUCGUGUAGCUAAAAUUGUAGCACCAAAGCGUAUUAAACUAGCUGAAGCUGAAGCAGAAUUAACAGAGAAUAUGGCAUGUUUAAAAAAGACACAAGAUGCAUUAGCUGAAGUUGAAGCUAAAUUAGAAAAUUUACAAAAUAAACUUAAAUCUACACAAAACGAGAAAAAACGCCUGGAAGAUGAAGUAUCAAAUUGUGCAACUAAAUUAGAAAGAGCUACAAAGUUGAUAGGUGGUUUAGGUGGUGAAAAAGACCGUUGGCGUCAAGCAGCUGAAUAUCUUGAAAAAUUAUAUGAUAAUCUUAUUGGUGAUGUACUGAUAUCAGCUGGAAUAAUUGCUUAUUUGGGACCAUUUACAUCGACUUACAGAGAAGAAUGUAUUUCAAAUUGGAUUAUUCAAUGUAAACAACAAAAUAUCACUUGUUCUGAACCUUUUUCAUUAACUCAAUGUCUUGGUGAUCCGGUAAAAAUUCAACAAUGGAAUAUCGAUGGUUUGCCACGUGAUGCUUUUUCAAUAGACAAUAGUGUUAUUGUAGCAAAUGCUAGAAGAUGGCCACUGAUGAUUGAUCCACAAGGUCAAGCUAAUAAAUGGAUAAAGAAUAUGGAAAAAGAUACAGGAAUCACUGUUGUCAAAUUAACAGAUAAUGAUUUCAUUAGAAAUUUAGAAAAUGGUAUUCAAUUCGGUACACCAAUACUUUUGGAAAAUGUCGGUGAAGAUUUAGAUCCAAGUUUGGAACCUCUAUUACUAAAACAAACAUUUAAACAAGGUGGUGUGGAUAUGAUACGUUUAGGUGAAAAUAUCAUUGAAUAUUCAAAAGAUUUUCGUUUGUACAUCACAACUAAACUAAGAAAUCCACAUUAUUUACCAGAAAUUGCUGUGAAAGUUUCAUUAUUAAACUUUAUGAUUACGUUAGAAGGUUUAGAAGAUCAGUUACUGGGUAUUGUUGUCGCUAAAGAAAAACGUUCUACUACUUUAAAAAAUGUUCAUUAUAGACCAGAACUUGAAGAAGCUCGUCAAGAAUUAAUAAUAACAACAGCAAAUAAUAAACGUAUGCUUAAAGAAACUGAAGACAAGAUAUUAGCUACUUUAUCAGAAUCUGAAGGGAAUAUUUUAGAGAAUGAAGCUGCUAUUGAAAUACUUGAUUCAUCUAAAUUAAUUUCAGAUGAUAUUUUCAAAAAGCAAAAAGUUGCUGAAGAAACCCAAAAGAAGAUUGAUAGUGCGAGAAUGGAUUAUUCAUCAAUUGCUAAACAUUCUGCUGUACUCUUCUUUUCAUUAACAGAUCUACCUAAUAUUGAUCCAAUGUAUCAAUACUCAUUAGCAUGGUUUGUAAAUCUCUACGUUAAUUCAAUUCAUGAUAGAUCUCGAGGUGAAUUAGAAAUGAAUGAAUUUAUGUUCUUUUUAACUGGAGGUGUUGGAUUAGAAAAUAAAUUAGCUAAUCCAGCUAAUAAUUGGUUAUCGGAUAAAUGUUGGGAUGAAAUAUGUCGUUUAUCAACAUUAAAAGGAUUUGAAACAUUUCGUGAACAUUUUACAACACAUUUAAAUGAAUGGAAACAAUAUUAUGAUAGUAAAGAACCUCAAGAAGAUAAACUACCUGAACCAUGGGAUAAAUUAGAUGUCUUUAAAAGUUUAAUAAUACUUCGAUGCAUACGUCCAGAUAAGUUUCCAGUUACUGUCCUACAAAAUGGUAUUAAAAUGACAAAUGAACCACCUACUGGUUUAAGACAAAAUCUUUUACAGUCUUAUUUAAAUGAUCCAAUAUCUGAUCCAGAGUUUUUCAAUGGCUGUCCAAAUAAAGAAGCUAUUUUUGAGAAAUUAUUAUUCGGCUUGUGUUUCUUUCAUGCUCUUGUACAAGAACGUAUUAAAUUUGGUCCACUUGGAUGGAAUAUACCUUAUGGAUUUAAUGAAUCAGACUUACGUAUAUCAGUCAGACAGUUACAAAUGUUUGUAAACGAAUAUGAUAAGGUUCCAUAUGAUGCUAUCCAGUAUAUGACUGGUGAAUGUAACUAUGGUGGUCGAGUAACAGAUGAACGUGACCGUAGAUGUUUAAUGACAAUAUUAUUAGAUUUCUUAUGUCAAAAUGUUGUAAGUGAUCCACACUAUAAAUUUUCUCCAAGUGGUUUGUAUUAUGCUCCACCCAAAAUGGAAUAUAAUGAAUAUUUGGAAUUUAUUAAAGGUUUGCCCGCUAUACAAGCUCCUGAAGUGUUUGGAAUGCAUGGAAAUGUUGAUAUCACACGGGAGUUGAGUGAAACACGCACAUUGUUUGAUUCAAUUCUAUUAACUGUUGGUCAGACAUCAUCGGAAGUGGGUGGAUUUACGGAUUCACGAAUUGAUGCAAUAGCUAAUGAUAUCCUGGGUAAAUUACCAAACGCCUUUGAUAUAUCUGAAGCAUAUAAAAAAUAUCCAGUCAAGUAUGAAGAAAGUAUGAAUACUGUUCUUGUACAAGAAAUGGAACGUUUUAAUAAUUUAACAACAAUUAUCAAAUCAACAUUGAAUGAUCUUAGAAAAGCAAUCAAAGGUCUUGCAAUUAUGUCUGAUAGUUUAGAAUCCUUAGCAACUGCUUUGUCUAUUGGAAAGUUACCAGCUAUAUGGGCACAUCGAUCAUAUCCAAGUUUAAAGCCGCUUGGAUCAUAUAUCAGUGAUCUUAUUGCAAGGUUAAACUUCUUUCAAGUUCGUCCAACACACAAAGAAACUAAAGAUCCUCCUGAUGGGGCAUAUAUUCACGGCUUGUUUUUGGAUGGAUGUCGUUGGGACUAUGACAGCAUGGAACUUGGUGAGCAAUAUCCAAAAAUAUUAAAUGAACCGAUGUCAAUUAUCUGGUUGAAACCUAUAAUUCGCGAGGAACUUGAGGCAUUAUCAACCAAAUUAAUUAGAUACAGUUGUCCAGUUUAUAAAACAAGUGAACGUCGUGGUACACUUUCUACAACUGGACAUUCAACCAAUUUUGUUUUACCGAUAUUACUCCCAACAAGUGUUAAUCCAAAUCAUUGGAUAAAACGAGGAGCUGCUCUUUUGUGUCAGUUAGAUGACUAA